ACACUAUUGACGUAUGUUGUUGAACUGAAACGGUUUAUCUUUUUCCGUGGCAGGGCGACGUAAUACCCCUAACGGAUUUCCAAUACACCUACAAUCUAUACAUACAUAUUGAGAAGGCUUGUGCGUACAACCUGAACCAAAGAAAAUCAGCAAAAUGGUGCAAAAGUUUCAGUCACCCGUUCGCGUUUACAAAUAUCCAUUUGAGUUAGUGAUGAAGGCUUAUGAACGUCGGUUUCCUACAUGCCCUCAAAUGCCCAUUGUUGUCGACUGUGAGGUUAUUAAGGACGAAUGCCUUGAGAACGGGUCAAAACGGAACACGAGCCGUCGUUGCAAGUUGGCGGUGGACGCGCCAUACAUUUUUAAGAAAGUGAUAGGUGUGGAUUAUGUGUUCUUCCUUCAGCACAACGUCUUGGACAUGGAAAACCGCACCCUAAGCAUUGAGGCCGUCAAUGAAAGUUUCUCGUCACGCAUUGAAAUCUUCGAGCGGUGUCGCUAUUACGCCCAUCCAGAAAAUUCUGAGUGGACGUGCUUUGACCAGUCCGCUUCGUUAGACAUAAAAAACUUCUUUGGCUUCGAAUAUUCAAUGGAAAAGAUGGGCAUGAAGCAGUAUACCCACACAACGACUAAGGGAAAGGAAAUAAUAGAGUUUUUUAUCAGCCAACUACGUGAGGAAGGCAUUACACAUGUAGAACGUUGGACAUCUCCCGCCAACGCUUCAAAACCCCAAAUGGACCGAGCUCGAGUUCAAUGUCAAAGAAUUUUCCUUGAAGGCGAUUUUAUCACUCGCACCCUGGGGCAACUAUCUCCGAUGCAAGAGUCCAAGUUGCUGGAGUUGAGAAAAAUGCUGGAUGGUGUCGAUGACUUGGAACGCUUGCCUAGUUAUCAGACCAUCCUGCGUUUUUUAGCAGCCAGAGACUGGCAUGUGAACCAGGCUUUUGUCAUGCUGUGCGACUCGCUGCGCUGGCGUCAGAAACACCACAUAGACUCUUUGUUAUCGGAGUACUCUAAGCCAGCUGUGGUAGCAGAACACUUUCCAGGUGGCUGGCACCACCAGGACAAGGAUGGUCGGCCUAUUUUCAUUCUGAGAUUGGGACACCUGGAUGUCAAAGGCCUGCUUAAGGCUCUGGGAAUGGACGGGCUUCUACGAUUGGCCUUGCACAUCUGCGAGGAGGGCAUUCAAAAGAUCAAUGAAUCCGCUGAGCGCCUUGAAAAGCCUGUACUUUAUUGGUCCUUGCUCUUAGAUUUGGAGGGUCUUUCUAUGCGCCACCUGUGGCGGCCAGGCAUCAAAGCUCUUCUUUACAUCACUGAGACCGUGGAACGCAAUUAUCCAGAGACCAUGGGACGUGUUCAUGUUGUGCGGGCGCCGAGAGUGUUUCCGAUUGCGUGGACCAUUGUUAGCGCUUUUAUUGAUGACCACACGCGAUCAAAGUUUCUGUUUUAUGGUCCCGACUGCGCACAUAUAAAAGAAGGACUAGCCCAAUACCUUGACGAAGAGAUAGUGCCGGACUUUCUGGGUGGCUCGUGCAAGACGAUGAUUCACGAGGCUGGUUUGGUUCCAAAAUCUUUUUAUAAGACGAAUUCGAUGGAUGACCACGACGGCGAGGUAUCAAUCAAUCUGCCCGCCACCACCGAGGCAUUUGUUCCGGCUAAGCAACACUCCGCCAUCGACCAGCACGAUCACCAAAACCUGUACAAGAGUGUAGAGCUAAAGGCUGGAUUUGUGCACGAACUGCUCAUCCGGAACGAGGAUCCUAAGAGUGUCCUCACCUGGGACUUUGAUGUGAUGCGCAACGACCUGCACUUUACACUUUAUCGGAUCACCACCAAGCUUCCGGAAAAGAACGACUCGGCCGUUUCAUACUUUGACCUGCAGGACUUCAUCGAAGGAGUUAAUUAUUUUCGAGAGGAGCCCACAUUGAUUUGUCAUCACAAAGAAAGUGUACAGGGCUCGCACGUGAUGCACCACAAUGACAGUUAUUUAAUGCACUGGUUUAGCCCUUUGGGAGCUCACUUGAAUGUCUUUUACGAGGUACUGAGCUCGGCUAAUUACAAGGGAUCCAUGACUAGCCUUCAGUCGGCUUUCUCCUCGAACUCGUCGGAGGCUGGUGGGGUUCAGAGUCGAUGAUAUGGCAAUGCAGAUCAUUAGGACAGGCACUCUAUGGACAAGAGCCUACAUCUGUUUCUAAGGUGGAUAAGAUUUUUUGAAAACACCGAUGUAGGCUUUUGUACAUCAGUACAUUUUUAUUUAAAGUUAGUAUUUCGUUAAUGGUUUUAAAAUGCAUAAAUAUAUCUAAAAAAGUCAAUACAUUCGUAUACAAAAAUUAUUUAAUACAUUUAAUAUAUUUAAAAAAUCACUUAUAUCAUAAGAAUUAUUUUAAAUGAUCCUUUUAAUAUUAUGCAAGUUUGUAAUACAAGUUACAGUUUUUAAUAUAUAUAUUAUAUAUAGAAUAUAAAUUUAUUGACUACGUAUUACUCCAUUAGACUAAAUUUAAAAAAUCAGAAAACCUUGAUAAUAACUGUGUUAAGAACUUAAAAAUAAGAGUGUGAAAUUAUGUGCUGAAAAUAAGCAGGAAGCCAGAAUGAAUUCCAAGUUUCUAUAUUCCGUUCUUAGGAACAACGGAUAAUAUAAUCGAAAAAUGAAAUCUGAUGUUUGUAGGAAAACCGAAAUAGAUACUUCUAAAAAUAUACCGAUAAGUAAACUCAAAUAGCCGAUAACGAUGCGGAAAGCAAGUUCAUGUUGACUAAAUGUGUAAGCAGUAUUAAGAAUGUUAUUAAAUAAAAUCCAAUCUGCCUAUUA